UUAUUACUUCAUACUUCAAUGAUCAUACAAAUUAUUCUUCCUUUGCAAAAUAAAAACAAUGCACUUUUCUCGCAACUUAACCAUUUCCAAAAAGUUACUCCAGGAGCUACCGAAGUUAUAUCAGCU